AUGUCUACCUCAGCCCGCCGCCGUUUGAUGCGCGACUUUAAGCGCAUGCAAACCGACCCUCCCGCCGGUGUUUCGGCCUCGCCCAUAGCCGACAAUGUUAUGACAUGGAACGCAGUCAUCAUCGGACCCUCAGACACACCCUUCGAGGACGGCACCUUUAGACUCGUCAUGCACUUCGAGGAACAAUACCCCAACAAGCCUCCGGGCGUCAAGUUCAUCAGCACCAUGUUCCAUCCCAAUGUCUACGCCACGGGCGAGUUGUGUCUCGACAUCCUACAAAACCGCUGGAGUCCCACAUAUGAUGUCGCCGCCAUCUUGACCAGUAUUCAAAGUCUUCUCAACGACCCCAACACGAGCUCACCAGCCAACGUCGAGGCGUCGAAUCUGUACAAGGACAACCGCAAGGAAUACUACAAGAGAGUGCGCGAGACGGUCGAGAAGAGCUGGGAAGACUAA